AUGAUUGAUGAUCAAGAUUUAGGAUUCUUCGCCAAUUUUCUAGGCAUCUUCAUAUUUAUUUUGGUGAUUGCUUAUCAUUAUGUGAUGGCAGAUCCAAAGUAUGAAGGAACCCAAUGUUAAGAUUGUGGCGUUUUAGAAGGAUUCAGAACUUCUAUCAAUGGGUCUUAUAUCUAAACGACAGUUUUUCCGGUUUUACAUAAAACUUGAGCCAGAAACUUGUAAGAAUUUUGCAUCUGCUUCAUAAUGAGGUAACUCUUGGCCUUCAGUGCCCAUUUUUAUAA